AUGGCGCAACCUUACAUCAAACCCUUGCUUGCUUUCUUGAAAGAAAUGGGCUCGCCGUACGUCGUGGAUGCACGUUUGCAGACUUCGUCGGUGGAAGAAACAUUGGGUUUGGUGAGAACCCACCUCAAAUCCAUGGAGAAUCUCGGAGUUUCUCGUCUGAGAACUGUGAGUAUAAUCGCCGGCGUCGGCGGCGGCGGUCGGAGAAAGCUCUCGGUUAUUGAUUUAACUACUGUAGCUCCUGUUUCUUCCAAACCAGCUUUUCCGAACGGAAGUCCUCUGCCGCCGUUGGUUGGAGUAAUUUCACCGACGCCAAACUUUCUACCUUCAUCUCCGCCGUCGCCGGCGGAGAAUCCUACUAGUCCUCCAUUUCUACCAGUGAUGGCUCCGAUGGCUAGCCCUCCGUACGGUCCCCAUUUGCCGCCGUGCGAGCCAUCUCACGGCGGUGGCGGUGGUGGGCACGCCGGCGCGCCGGUGGGUGGGGUGAAGAAGGGGUUGUGGUGCGUGGCGAAUCCGACAGUGCCGGCGGAGACGUUGCAGGAGGCGCUGGAUUACGCAUAUGGAGAAGGCGGUGGUGACUGUGAGGCGAUUGUACACGGCGGCAGCUGCUACUUCCCGGACACGGUGGUGGCGCACGCCUCUUAUGCUUUUAAUAAUUACUGGCAGAAGACGAAGAACAACGGCGGCACUUGUGGCUUCGCGGCGGAACUGCCAUGCUCAUCAACUCCGAUCCCAGAAAGAUUAUUUCUUUAUUUACUGAUUUUUAAUUAUAUUUUGUUUAAUCAAAUUGGAUGA